UUUCAACUUUUUCUAACAAUUCCACAAAACAACGCGGUACUACCUAAAUAUAGUAACCAUCUGCUUUCGUAGAGAGAGAAAAAACAUUACAUUCGAUUAUUACAAAGAUCACGCGCUUUCUAUUUUCCACCUUCCUCUUCGCAUUCUUUUCCUCCUUCAUUUUCAGGCUUCCAUUGUAAAUAGAUGGGUGAUCACUUGGUUCUGGAUGUGAAUCGACCCAUUACAAGGAGCGAGGAGAUGGCGAGCCCCUCAUCUUCUACCAAUGCAGAAAGUGCUGUAGUGGAUGAAAACGGGGAUUCGUAUGAUGACGAGGAAGCUCCUCUAUUAUCAAUGGCAGAGUGUCGUAUUUGCCAGGAGGAAGAUUCCGUUGAUGCUUUGGAGACACCCUGUUCUUGCAAUGGCAGUCUUAAGUAUGCUCACAGGAAGUGUGUUCAACACUGGUGCAAUGAGAAGGGUGACAUAACUUGUGAGAUUUGCCAUCAGCCUUACCAGCCUGGAUAUGUGGCUCCUCCUCCCCGCCCAUGCUUGGAAGAAACCACCAUAGACAUUGGGGGAGCAUGGCAAAUUUCGGAAGCCGACCGUCAGUAUCUGGAAGCCGAGUAUGAUGAUUAUAAUGCCACAAAUGCCAGUGGAGCUGCAUUUUGCCGUUCAGCUGUUUUAAUUUUGAUGGCUCUUCUGCUGCUACGACAUGCAUCAACUGUACCAGAUUCUGAUGGAGAUGGAGAUGAGGAUGCUUCUACUUUUCUUACUCUAUUCUUGCUUCGGAUCGCUGGGUUUCUUUUGCCCUGCUACAUUAUGGUCUGGGCCAUCAGCAUUUUGCAACGUCGUAGACAAAGACAGGAAGCUGCAGCAUUGGCGGCCGCACAAUUUGCUUUUGUAUUGCAAGCAGGACAAAGAAGAGGGCUACACUUCACAGUAGCUUCUGUAGGCCCCGCACCAGCGCAAGCACCCGCACCAGCACCCACUGUGACUCCAACUGCGGCUCCACAAGAUGAAAAUGUUUAAGAUGGCGGUGGAAAAUUUAUUCUUUUUUAUUCGAGAUUUUCGUUCGAGCUUCCCUUUUUUUCUUUUUUCUUUUUCUUUGUUGAUGGCGUCAGAAUUAUUGUGAAUAAUCAAAUGUUAUGUUAAUGUGUAUAUGCAGCCAUUUAACA